GCCAACGUUUUCAGGACACUGUUCUAUGUGCUUUGGUACCCAGAAAACCCUGCAGACAGUUUAGUGCAUUCCUUCGUUGCUUCUAAGCGGAACUACUAUACUUGUUAGCCCAGACGGCCAUUUAUUAGCGCCUAUCACUUUAUGAAAUAUCUGCACUUUAAUGUUAUGGACACCCAAGACUGGCGCUGACGGUUUUAUGCCUUGUUCCGCAUCGGUACAAGAGCGUUUGGUCUAGCCGCAGCAUUGGCGUCACUCCGCUAGGAGUUUACUUAGAAUAGCAUCAGGGCUUACCUUCCCCUCUUACUGGAGGUAGAGCUGAAGGAUGACGGCUAGGCCAGACAGAGAUGGACUAGGGCCCCGUGGCUGCUCUCGCAUGAUGCGUAAGGCGGAAGCCCUGGGCAUGGAAACCCGCAACGUCCCCUCCGCCUACCUCCUCCCCGUGCUCAGCCGCGGCGGCGGACCCGGCACCCUGUACGGCGGCUCCCUCUCCGGCACCUCCCACACCGCCAUCGCCGCGGGCGGCUCCUUCCACGAGCCCAUCAACCUCUCCCCCAAGACCAUCACCGCCAUGCGCACCACCCGCAUGCUGCAGUCCCUGGGCCAGAAGGUCAUCUUCUCCAACGACCCCUACGUCAACUCCGCCUUCGAGUCCCUCAUCACAACCAAGGUAUCCGGCGUGCCGCCCGAGCUAGCGCCCGACCUCACGGAGCUCAUCGCACGCAAGCCGCCCGGCGGCAGGCUACGACCCAAGGGCUCCAAGGCCGCCGCGCUGCGCCGCGCGAAGAGGCUGGUGGGGGCGGGCGCCAUUCCGGCGGCCACGGAGGUGCCCUUUGUGGAUGCGCUGCGAGUGUGCGACCUGGAGCGGGACAAGUCGGCGCUGCCUGCGUUGCUGCGGGCGUAUGUGUUCAACAAGCAGCGGGUGGUGGUGCCGAAGCUGGAGGAGUACUGCGAGGCGCUGGGGCGGCUGCGGCCCUCGCCCAUGCUGCAGGCGGCGGCGCUGCUGAUUCAGCAUGGGUACUUUUUCGCGGCGAUCAAGGUUGUGUACAGCAGCUUUGACGCGUUGCAGGCUACGCUGAGCGAGAUGGAGUCGCUCAUCUCGCAGCACAUGGACUCGGGCGACUGGGACACGGCGGCGGCGCUCUGGCACUGGAAGGACCCCGACCGGGAGCUCUUCCUAAAACAGUUCAAGGAGCUCAAGAUCAUCGCCUACUACCUGGACGUGCGCAAGCAGCUGCGGGCGCUCAAGGAGCAGGGUGUGGUGGCGCUGGCGCGGGUGGAGCGCGAGAUGCUGCUCAAGGUGGUGCAGGACUUCCGCAUGCAGCUGCAGGAGGACUACGCGGCAUACCAGGCGCAGCUGGCCAAGGAGGCGGAGGAGCGGGCCAAGGCAAAGGCGCGGCUGGAGGCGCAGGCGCGUGCUGCCGCGGAAGCCGCUGCCCGACGUGCCGAGGAGGCCGCCAAGGUGGAGGCCCGCGCGCGUGCAGCUGCGGAGGCCAAGGCCAAGCGGGAGGCGGAGAUGCGGGAGAAGGCGCGCGAGAUGGACCGCAAGCGUGAGGAGGUACGGCGGCGCGCUGAGGAGGCUCGGAAGAAGGGCAGCUCCAAGAUGCUGCCGCGGCCGCCGGAGUAUGCGCUCAUGGCGGGGGCGGCGGCGGCCAUGUUUGAGGAGGGGGUGCACGCGGACGACGGACCGCUCGUGGAGCCUGAACCCGAGCCGGAACCUGAGCCCGAGCCCGAGCCCCAACCGGAGCCGGAGCUGCAGCCGGAGCCCUCAGCCGCGCAGUCGGAGCAGCAGGGGCAGGAGCCCGCGGCGCCCGAGCCCGAGGCGUCAUCCACUGUGGCGCCGUCUGAGGGCGAGGCAGCUGCGAGUGUAGCCGGGUCGGGCGAGGAGGGCGGGUCGAGCGUGGAGGCGGAAGGAGCGGGGGGAGUGGAGAGCAGCGAGGCUGUCCUCGCUUCCGAGGCAGGGGACACGGUUUCGGAGCUGGGCGCCGGUGGCCGCAGGACCACCGGCUCCGGCUCGCGUUCGGGCUCCCGGCCAGGCAGCGGCGGCAGCAGCAGCGGUGCGGCGAGGAGCUCUGAGGCGGCGGAGUCGCAGGCUACUGCUGCCCCGUCCACCUCGGAGGAGGAGGCUGCCGCACCGGCGCCACAGCCCUCGCCGGAGCCGCCGGUGGGUCGGCCGCCUGUGCGGGUGCACUUGCGGCCUGGCAGUCGCGGCCUGCGUGUGAACCUUAGCAUGGACGAGCGCCGCGUGUCGUCGGGCGGGUCCGCUGCCUCGGAAGCGGAGGAGCUCAAGCGGGGCAUUGAGGAGAUGCGUCGCGCCAUGAGUCAGGAGCGGCGGCGCACGAGUGAGGCCGCGGAGCAGCUGAAGCAGAUGAGCGGGGUGUCGAGCAGCCGGCCCUCCACCGCCACACCCGCCAUCCGGCUGAACAUCAACCUGCUUGCGGACGGCAGUGCGGAUGAGAAGCUGCAGGAGAUGGAGAAGGCGCUUGAGGCGGAGCGCGCGGAGUUCCAGCGGCGACUGGAGGAGGAGCGGGCGGCGCUGGCGGCGGUGCUGGCGGAGGAGAAGUCGAAGCUGGAGGAGCACCUCACGGCGCAGAAGAAGCUGUUUGAUGAGGAGCGGCAGCGGCUGCUGCGGGACCUGUACGAGCAGCAGGGUCGCGACAUCGACCUGCAGCUGGUGGCCUCCAACCAGAGCCUGGAGGCGCUCAAGGCGCAGCGCGACAUGCUGCGGUCGGCGGGGGGCAACGCGGGCAGCAGGAACUCCUCGGGACGCAACGCGGCGGCGGCGGAGGAGGCGGCGAGACUGGAGGCCGCGGUCAAGAUGUUGGAGAAGAAGCUGGAUGACGAGCUGGCUCACAUCAAGCAGCUGGAGGACGAGAAGAACCGCGUGGAGCAGGAGCGCACCGUCCUGGAGCAGGCGCAGCGCAUGCUGGAGGCGCAGAAGAGCCAGGCGGAACUGGAGAAGGCAAAGGCGGAGCAGGAGAAGGGCGCGCUUCAGGAGCAGAUUGCAAAGACCAUGCGCAUGUUCCAGGAGCAGCUCGCGCAGACCGUCAAGAUGGCGGCCAUGCUGCAGGCGCAGCGCAUCCUGGGGGCCGCGACGGGCGGAGCGGCACCUGCCAUGAUGGCGCCUCUGGGCCCCCUGGCCACCCCCAUGGGCACCCUGCUGGGGCCGCAGCCCUCCAGCAACAACCUGGUCCCGCCGGGUGUGCUGGGCGCGCAGCCGGGGAUGUCGGGGCUGCUGUCGUCGGGGAACACGAGCAUGGGCGGGGCGGCGGCAGCGGCGGCCGCCGCCGCGGCGGCUGCGGGUAUGACGGGUAUGCCUCCGACGCUGCCUGGGUCGGCGGGCAUGGGCGCGGCGGCGGCGGCAGCGGCGGGGGCCAUGCUGCCCCCACCGGUUGCGGCGCUGCCACAGGAUGUGGACGAGCCGCCGACGCAGGAUGAGAUCGUUGCAUACGGCAAGUAUCUGGGUAUGGAUGUGGUGGAGGACGCUGACCUGCUGCACAUCGCGGAGUGGGCGCUGACGGCGCCGCUGCCGGAGGGCUGGACGGUGCACCUGGACGGCGAGGGCAACGAGUUCUUCUACAACGCCGCCACCAACAACUCCACGUACGAACACCCCAUGGACGAGCACUACCGGGCCUACUACCGCAAGAUGAAGGAGCAGAAGCAGCUCGCCAAGAUGGCGGAGGCGCAGCAGGCGGCGGCGGCCGCAGCAGCAGCGCACUGAGGAGGGCUGCGGAGGACAGUGGGG